ACCAAACCAUACUAUAGAGACUCUAAUUUCCGGAUACAAGCGUGGUUUCAGUUGGCUUCGUAAUCUUCAAACAUUGUUUCGUGAGCCGGUUUGUCAUUCGAUUCGGACGAUCGCGUAGCUAAAAAUCAAUUGUAAGGACGAAAGUUUUCACUAUAAAUCCUAGCCAUAUCUUUUUGUGUGAAAGAAAAAAUAGCAAAAUGGUAAAUCUGAAAAACGACGAAACUGUGAUUGCGGGAAAUAACCCGCAGAAAACAGUCAAGCAAUUGCAGAAGGAGGCCAAGAAAUUGGCCAAGUUGGACAAAUUUCAAAAAAAGCAAGGGAAAAUAGAAAAUGAAAAAUCAGUAAAUGUAAAAGAAAAAAAUGAUAAAAAAAAGGAAAAUACAUCAAUUCUGUAUACUAUUAAUACACCAUCUGGGAAGAAGAAAGAUAUUACAUGUCCAAUGCCAGAUGUGUAUAGUCCCCAAUAUGUAGAAGCUGCAUGGUAUGCUUGGUGGGAAAAAGAAGGCUUUUUUAAACCAGAAUAUGGAAAAAAAGAUAUAUUGGAAGAAAAUCCUAAGGGAAAAUUUGUGAUGGUAAUUCCACCACCUAAUGUAACUGGUUUUUUACAUCUUGGACAUGCUUUAACUAAUGCUGUAGAAGAUGCUAUUACCAGAUGGAAUCGCAUGAAAGGUCGCACAACACUUUGGAAUCCAGGUUGUGAUCAUGCUGGUAUAGCCACUCAAGUAGUUGUAGAGAAGAAACUCUGGAAAGAAGAGAAGAAAUCACGACAUGAUAUUGGUAGGGAAGAAUUUAUCAAGAAGAUAUGGCAAUGGAAGCAUGAAAAAGGUGACAGAAUUUAUUUACAAUUAAGAAAGUUAGGAGGUUCCUUUGAUUGGAGUCGUGCUUGUUUUACAAUGGAUCCAAAAUUAUGUAAAGCUGUUACUGAAGCCUUUGUGCGUUUGCAUGACGAAGGCAUUAUUUACCGCAGCAGUCGUUUGGUUAACUGGUCAUGUGCCUUAAAAAGUGCGAUAUCAGACAUUGAAGUUGAUAAAAGAGAAUUAACCGGUCGAACCUUGCUUUCUAUUCCCGGUUACGAAAAGAAAGUAGAAUUUGGCGUUUUAAUAUCUUUCGCUUAUCAGCUCUUUGAUGUGCAAGACAAAAUAAUUGUUGCAACUACUCGUGUCGAAACUAUGCUGGGAGAUACCGCUGUUGCGGUGCAUCCGAACGACAGUAGAUACAAGCAAUACAUUGGAAAAUAUGUGCAACAUCCAUUCUGUGACAGACGUAUACCAAUUAUAGCAGAUAAAUUUGUUGACAUGAACUUUGGUACAGGUGCUGUCAAAAUCACGCCAGCUCACGACCCGAACGAUUACGAAGUAGGAAAAAGGCACAAUUUACCAUUUAUAAAUAUUUUAGACGAUGACGGAAAUAUCAUUGGAAAUUAUGGAAAAUUCACGGGAAUGAAAAGAUUUGAAGCUAGAGUAGCCAUUAUUGACGAACUGACAAAAAGAAAUCUAUUGAUUGAUAUAAAAGAUAACCCAAUGGUGAUUCCUAUAUGCAGUCGAUCCAAGGACGUCGUGGAACCUCUUGUAAAACCGCAAUGGUACGUUAGAUGUGACGAAAUGGCUGCUCGAGCUAGAGAUGCAGUGAGCACGGGUGAGCUGAAAAUAAUUCCAGAACAGUUCAAAAAAACUUGGUACAUUUGGAUGGACGGUAUCAGGGAUUGGUGUAUUUCGCGUCAGCUGUGGUGGGGCCAUCGCAUUCCUGCUUACGCGAUUAAAUGCACUAAUUCUCAUGCAAACAAAAUAGAUGAAUAUUGGGUGAGUGCACACUCCGAAGUUGAAGCCAAAGAAAAAGCAGCCAAAAAACUAAACGUUGAUAUAAAUAGCAUUAUUGCAGAGCAAGAUCCGGAUGUAUUAGACACUUGGUUCUCCUCUGCUCUCUUUCCUUUUUCCGUGUUUGGCUGGCCAGACAAAACUCCUGAACUUAAGGCAUUCUAUCCUGGAACACUUUUGGAAACUGGUCAUGAUAUAUUAUUUUUUUGGGUUGCCAGAAUGGUUUUCAUGGGCCAAAAACUUUUGGGUCAACUGCCUUUCAAGGAAGUAUAUUUACAUGCGAUGGUGAGAGACGCUCAUGGGAGAAAAAUGAGCAAAUCAUUAGGAAAUGUGAUAGAUCCUAUGGAUGUAAUUAGAGGAAUAUCUUUAGAAGAUCUCCAGAAGCAAUUGCUGGAUUCGAACUUGGAUUUGAAAGAGUUAGAACGAGCUCGAGAAGGCCAGAAGCGUGAUUAUCCGCAAGGCAUUCCUGAGUGUGGAACAGACGCUUUGCGAUUUGCUCUUUGCGCUUACACCACUCAAGGUCGAGAUAUAAAUCUCGAUAUACUCCGUGUGCAAGGGUACAGAUUUUUCUGUAACAAAAUAUGGAAUGCCACCAAAUUUGCUCUUACUUAUCUCAGACCUCAAGUAAAACAUGAUACAAAUGAUACCGUUGGAGAUGUUCAAUGGUAUCGGAAAACUUUAAGCGAAUCAUGUGUGCAAGAAUCGCUGAAUAACUAUCUGGCGGAUUAUCCAUAUCUCGACGGUUACACACCUUCGCAACUCGAUUCGAUUGUUUACCGAUCAAUGAGAGACUUAAAUAUUAAUUUCAUGCUUCAUCCACAUCUUGAACGUUGGUACAAUCAUAUAUCAACGUUCACGAACGAAGAGAAAGCUGCACUUCGUGCGGAGCAAAAUAAAAUAAUACCGCAACUUAAUUUAUACAAGUGUCAAAGGAAUAACGAACGAAGUGACGACGAGAUAUUUGAGUUAAGUGGAAAUGAGACUAAUGUAGAUUUGUGGAUGCUUUCACGAGUGAGCCAUGCCGCCAAGACCUGUGAUGAAGCAAUAACGCAAUACGACUUUGCCUUGGCUACGUCUACUUGCUACAACUUAUGGUUGUACGAUUUGUGCGAUGUUUAUUUGGAAUAUCUUAAGCCAAUAUUUCAAAGCGAAGAUGAUGUGGCCAAAUCAACGGCGCGAAAAGUAUUAUUUAAAACAAUAGAUGUAGGACUGCGUUUACUGAGUCCGUUUAUGCCGUUCAUAACAGAGGAACUCUACCAACGUUUACCUCGCAAAAGAAUGACGUAUCCGAGUAUAUGUGUGAGUCUGUAUCCGGACUGUGCUGAGUGUCAUUGGAGAAAUCAAGAGAUCGAAAAAGACGUCGAUUUUGCGCUAAAAGUAGUUAAGCACAUCCGAUCUACACGCGCUACUUAUAAUUUGCUCAAUAAAAUAAAAACCGAAGCGUUUGUCGUGUGCACCGAUUCGUCUUUGAAGAAAAAGAUAAUACAAUACAAGUUACUCAUAGACACUCUCGCAUAUUCUACUCUUAGUAUGGAAAAACCGCUAGCAGGAUGUGCUAUCAUCACUAUAACUGAUAAGGUUCAAGUGCAUCUCUUACUUAAGGGUUCAAUCGACUCAAAAAAAGAGCUAGAGAAACUACAGAAAAAGGAAAGACAAUUGAUUGAAACUAUUCAGAAGUUGAAGCAGGAUUUAGCUGUACCCGAUUACGAUAUAAAAGUACCUCUUGAUGUUCAGAGGAACAACACAGAGAAACUGGCAAACAGCGAGGGCGAAUUGCAACGAAUAAAUGAUGCAGUAAUGUUAUUACGAACAAUGUAGAAAGUAAAUACGAUAAAAUUUUAUCAUAACAUUUUCAUCCAUUAUCGUAUAAGUUACUUAUUUAUUAAACAGUUUAACAGUAAGUAACUUAUUUAUUAGCUUAUUUAAAAAAGGCAAACCGAAUUUAGUUAGACACAAUUAUGCUUUUGUCUCUUUUUUUUAAAGGAGAUAAAUUCAUUACUAUAAAAAAAUUGUUGAAAGUAAAAAUAUUAACUAAGAAUUUAGAGGAGCAUUUUUCUGUUCGUUUGUUAGUAUUCAUGACGAAAAUGAUCGAAAUUCGAUCAAAGUUUCUAUUUUUUAUUUAAUAUGCGUACAUGUAUUAUAUAAUUCAAUAAAAAUAUAUUUUAUCACACAUACAAAACAACAGAUGAGGUUGCAUUGUGAUCCUUUGAAUUCUUAGUUACGAUUCACACACAUACACAUCACUGUCUGUGACAUAUGUAUGUACGUGUAUGACACCAUAUGUCGUGUACACAGUAAAAAGGAAAUGAUAAUAGUAUUAAAGUUUUCUUUUAAAACCGUUUCCUUCGUAUAUACAAAGCAUUAUAAAAUAUUAGAAAAGUAUGUACUAUAUAUAUAUAUAUAUAUAUAUAUAUGUGUGUAUAUAUAUAUAUAUAUAAUAUAUAUUAUAUUGUAAUUUAAAUACAUGACGCGUGAGGAUUGAGGAACAAUGCGCGGCGCGCAUUUUAUAUAUCAUACUUAGAGCAGUAGUUUCCAAUAUGUAAUACAAUACGAAGGAAAUAGAUAUACACAAAUAAAUAAAUAUAAUGUUCCAUAAAGUAAAAGUUUAAUUUCUUGCAUUAAUUUAUUAUAUAAAGCAUUGCCAAUAAAUCUGCAACAAUCGUUAAAAUUGAUAUACCCAAUAUCUAACAAUAAUAAUUUAACAAUUAGUAUUAAACUGAGAACCUCAGGGCUCUUGAGUCUUUAAACUUAGUCGAUGAAUAUAAUUGGUCGUAUAGAGCCGUUCGCUGGAUGUUUGUGCGGAAGAAAUGUCUAUAUAUGUAUAUAUAUACACGUUUGCAUAUAUAUAA